CAAGACAGUCUCGCCAGCUGCGCAGCAGAAGAAAAGACAACAAAAAUAAUUCCCAUUAUCAGAUUCUGGGGCCACUUUUGCCAGUGAUAUCAUAUGAAAAUCGGUUGAGAAGCCUCGCCCUGCUGAUUAUGUGGUUGCUUGGUUCAAGGGGGCUACCUCUGACAUGACUGAAGAGAAGGUAAAGAACUUAAGGAAGACCUCUGACCUCUCCGACGUUUCUAGUACUAUCCAUGGUUCAAAUGACAGAGCUGAGGACCCCCCUUUGGGUAUAUGUGUCUGGACACGCUCUGCCAUCAAGUCUAGUGCCCUACUUCCUCUUCAUCCAUACUUCUGGAGCGUGGCUGAUUAUUUUGGUAUUAGUCCCUCUCAACUGGCUCCCAACACGAUCUUGGUGUUAUCUCCGUUGUACAUUAUUUAUCAUCGUAGAAAAUGGGCUGCUCCAGUACCUCAUGAGAUCCAUUACUUAUUUGAUCUGAAGAUGAACCCCUCUCAGUGCAACUCAGGGUACUUCCAUUUCUACCAUUAUACGAGAGAGGGUAUUGACACCUUCUUGGAAGAGAUCUCUAGAAACAGCAAGGCGUUUAGAUAUGCCGACAACUAUUUCUUCACUAAGGAUGCAGAUGCCAACUAUUCCAAGUUUAAGCAUGUCGGGCCUUUUUACAGACUGCUCCCGACCCAGGCUAUGACUGCUAGGGAUAAGGCGUUGAUUGCCAUGACCCAUGAGGAGAAGAAUGUCAAGACUCUCGUUACUUCAGAGAACCUUAGGAAGGUCGGGCUAUUUCCUUCUACUAUCGCUGAUGUUCUGAAUGAAGAUGGUCCUGAGCCCGUGAACGCCAUAGACUCCCUGGGACCUAUUCAUGUCGAGGAGGUACCCUCUUCGCCCAUGCUGGCUGGAUAGGAGGGUGAUGAGGUGGGUGCAUUCGCACACUCGCUGCUUGCUUCGAAUGAUUUUGAUGAAGCCACGUUCGAACCCGAAUCUCAUUCAGAAGGUUCAGAUAUGUUCGGUUUUGUUCAUACCCCGCAAAGGUCAACACCAACCGAGACUAGCCCUUCCUUCCAAGUGGCUAAGAGGGCCAGGGUUGAGCCUAAGUCGAUAACGGAGGUUCUUCCCGAGGUGUCUCCUCCGACUCCUUUGGCGUCUAGUCCUGUUACAGAGGUAGAGCCAUUCUUGCCUACGCCGGUUCCUCCCAGUAUCAUUGAUGCGGGUGCCUCCUCUUCUGCGCCUACUCCCUUAUCUGAGCCACACCAGUCGGCCAUACAGAAUUUAGGUGCCAUCAUGGACCGAGCGUCCCAUCUAGAGCAGACGACAACAGAUUUUAAUGGGAUUAAGAAUGAGGACUUGAGCACCAUCCUCACGAAGUCACUCCUUGACAUUCAGAGUGCAUUGAUGUUGGUCUCCCAUGUCCGUGAUAGGUCUGUAGAGUAUACCUCUACAUUUUCCAAUCUUCGUUCUAAGCUUGAAGCUGUCUGCCAUGAGGUGCUGGACCUUAGGCACGUUCUUGGAUCUAGGGAUGCGAACAUUGCUUUAAAAGAUGAAGAGAUCAGCACUCUCUGCAGUACCAUGGAGCUCAAACAGCAGGAAGUAACCGAGUUGACCCUCAGGGUAACCCAGAUGGAGGGGAAACUUGCCAAUCAGCUCAAACAGUCUGAAUCUAAGAAAGAGAAGCUGAUUGCUGACAUGGACCAACUGGAGAAGGAUGUUCUUAUCGAGAAGGAGCAAGAGGUCAAGGCUGCCCGGGACAAGGCUCGAGAGGAGUAUUUAGAGACUGCUUUCUCUUGCUUCUACUUGAUCUGGAAGUCCAACAAAGAUCUGAACUUGGAUUUCCUUCCCAAGAAGACACGAGCGAAAGAGUUUAAGGAGUGUCUGGCUUGUGAGACUGCCGAGGCUCAGGGUGGUCUUUCAGAUGAUACUCCUCGCCCUAGUUAGUCUUCUUUUGGUCUCUUACUCUAUCUUUCCUUUCGUGCCAUUGGUGGGACACCUUGUACUUGACAAUUUUUACAUAUGACAUUUUAUGCCUUUAUUCUUUUUUGUUAUGAGUACUCAGUGUAUUGAUUGAAUUUUUUUUUUUAUUUCCAAUGCUUACUAAGUAUAUCAACUCACAACCCUCAUUGGUUCAGGUAUCAGUAUACUCUGAACACAUGUAUUUCACGUGCCAUACUAACCUUACUCCUUUACGUUUUUCAUGCUAACCACCAUGGUAAUGUG